AUGCCACGCAAGGCAAUUGAUUCGCGCAUCCCCGCGCUCAUUCGGAAUAAUGUCCAGGAGAAGAAAAGAAGCUUUUUUGUGGUGGUCGGCGACCGCGCCAAGGAUGUGAUUGUCAACCUGCAUUACAUUAUGUCCAGCGUCGAUGUCAAGCAGAAUAAGUCGGUCCUCUGGGCAUACAAGAAAGACCUCCUCGGAUUCACAAGUCAUCGGAAGAAGCGCGAGGCGAAAAUCAAGAAGGAAGUCAAGCGAGGUAUCAGAGAACCUAACCAGGAGGAUCCUUUCGAGCUGUUCAUCACUCUCAACCAGAUCAGAUAUGUGUACUACAAGGAGACGGAGAAGAUUUUGGGUAAUACGUACGGAAUGUGCAUUCUUCAAGAUUUCGAAGCUAUCACACCAAACCUGCUUGCGCGUACCAUCGAGACCGUGGAAGGCGGUGGUAUCGUGUUGCUUCUGCUGAAGGGAAUGAACAGCUUGAAGCAGCUCUACACGUUAUCUAUGGAUAUUCAUUCGAGAUAUAGGACCGAAGCGCAUGAUGAUGUGGUCGCCCGCUUCAACGAGCGCUUCAUCCUCUCUCUUGGCAGCUGUGAUUCAUGCUUGGUGGUUGACGAUGAGUUGAAUGUCCUUCCAAUCUCUGGAGGGAAGAACGUGAAGCCUCUUCCACCGCCAGAGUCCCUUGACGACAACACAGGCACAAAGAAGGAGUUGAAAGAGAUUAAGGAUAGCUUAGCAGAGACUCAGCCGGUGGGAUCUUUGAUCAGUCUAGCUCGCACCGUUGACCAGGCGAAGGCGCUCUUGACCUUUGUCGACGUGAUCGCCGAGAAGACCCUCCGCAGCACCGUCACAUUGACCGCUGCUAGAGGUCGGGGAAAGUCGGCGGCUCUUGGUGUGGCCAUCGCGGCAGCGGUUGCUCAUGGAUACAGUAACAUUUUCAUCACCUCCCCCAGCCCGGAGAACUUGAAGACACUGUUCGAAUUCAUUUUCAAAGGUUUUGAUGCUCUUGGAUACCUCGAUCACGUUGAUUAUACCAUCCUUCAAUCCACCAAUCCGGACUUCAACAAGGCCAUUGUGAGAGUCAACAUUCAUCGCCAGCAUCGCCAGACCAUUCAAUACAUUCAGCCCCAGGAUGCUCAUGUUCUCGGCCAGGCCGAGCUUCUAGUCAUUGAUGAGGCGGCAGCAAUCCCCCUGCCCCUGGUGCGCAAACUGAUGGGCCCAUACCUGGUAUUCAUGGCCUCCACUAUCAAUGGUUACGAAGGUACAGGUCGGUCGCUCUCUCUGAAGCUGAUCCAGCAGCUUCGUGAGCAGUCCAGGGGAGGUCUGAAGGCCAGCGGUCACGACGAUACAGAUGUCGCUGAUAGGGCCACUGGCAAGGCUUCCAAGAGCGCAGAGAAGAGCAUGGGUGGACGCUCGCUCAGAGAGAUUACUUUGUCGGAACCCAUCCGUUACGCACCUGGGGAUUCAGUGGAGAAGUGGCUAAACAAAGUCCUGUGCCUGGAUGCGACGCUGCCAAAGUCUAGGAUCAACACACAGGGCUGCCCACACCCGUCACAAUGCCAACUCCUGCAAGUCAACCGAGACACAUUAUUCUCUUUCCACCCCGUCUCUGAAAAAUUCUUGCAGCAGAUGAUGGCUCUGUACGUUGCCAGUCACUACAAGAACACUCCUAACGAUCUCCAACUGAUGAGCGAUGCGCCUGCGCAUCAGCUCUUCGUGCUGGUACCUCCCAUCGACGAGGAGGCUACCAAGCUCCCAGAGCCUCUUUGCGUUAUUCAAGUUGCUCUGGAGGGUCGUAUCAGCAGACAAAGUGUUCUGAACAGCUUGAGCCGCGGCCAACGGGCAGGUGGUGACUUGAUCCCAUGGCUUGUCAGCCAGCAGUACCAGGAUGAGGACUUUGCCGGUCUCUCAGGCGCCCGAAUUGUGCGCAUUGCAACCAACCCAGAAUAUAUGAACAUGGGUUACGGAUCCCGCGCUCUGGAGCUACUGAUUGACUUCUACGAGGGCAAGUUUACGGAUCUCUCCGAGAGCAUUCCUGACGCGCAGGAAGAGAUGGUCAGGGUCACUGACGAAGAGCUCGCCCACUCGUCUCUCCUUGAUGACAACAUUCAAGUUCGGGACAUCCGCUCGAUGCCUCCUCUGUUUGGCAAGCUCUCCGAGCGUCGUCCAGACGCACUGGAUUACGUCGGCGUCAGUUACGGGUUGACACCACCUCUUCACAAAUUCUGGAAACGCUCUUCAUUCGUGCCUGUCUACCUUCGCCAGACUCCAAACGAUUUGACCGGUGAACAUUCCUGUGUGAUGCUGCGCACACUCGCCUCCGCAGCCAGCGACGCUAGCUGGCUCGGAGCUUUUGCUCGGGACUUCCACAAGCGCUUCCUAGCCUUGCUCUCUUACCAAUUCCGAGAAUUCCCCUCGGUUCUCUCCCUCAGCAUCUGCGAAUCCGCCACUGCAGGCGCUAAGCUCGACACCUCUUACACCCCAUCUUUGCUCAAGAAGAGCGAUCUCGACGCGGCCUUCUCCCCCUUCGACCUCAAGCGCCUUGACAGCUACGCAAACAAUCUGCUUGACUACCACGUCAUCCUCGAUAUGGUUCCCAGCAUUGCAGAGUAUUACUUCUCUGGCCGCCUGAGCGGCAAGGUCAGCCUCUCCGGCGUCCAACAGUCCAUCCUGCUUGCCAUCGGCUUACAGCGCAAGAACCUCGACGACGUCGAGAAGGAACUGAACCUGCCCUCGUCGCAGCUUCUGGCCAUGUUCCUCAAGAUCGUUCGCAAGAUGUCAACUCACUUCCGCGGCUUGGUCGAGGGCGCCGUCGCGGAAACCCUCCCCGCCGAGAAGGUGCCCGUUGCUCAGACCUCGGCCGAUGCGCACGACGAGGUCGUCGACGAGCGGUUCAAGCCCCUGGACACAGGUCUGGAAGAUGAGCUGCGAGAGGGCGGACAGCAGGUAGACGACGAGCUGAGGGAGAAGCAGAGAGCCCUGAUUGAUGCUCUGCCUCUGGACAAAUACGAGAUCGAUAACGGCAGUGCCGCUUGGGAGGAAGCGGAGAAGCAGAUCCGCGGCGGAGGCGCCUCAACCGUCAGCGUCAAGUCCUCGAAAGCCAACAAGCGGAAGAAGGGAGAGACCGCGCGAGAGAUCUAUGACCAGGAGAUCGAGUCGAAAAGACAGAAGAUCAUCAAGAAGGGAACAGAAGGGCGAAAGAAGGCAUGA